UUGAUACUGAGAAAAAUGAUAGCUUUAAAAAUCAAUUUCUCUCAACAAUAUUGAAGAAAUUGCAUGAUUGCUGUCACAAAAACGAUUAAUAUUGCAAAUGAUUGUUGAAUUUUAUCUCAGUUAUUAAAGUGCAAUGUUGAAAGUAAUAUAAUGGCAGAAAAACACGAGAAAGAAGGCAAGCUGAAUAGUCACCUGACUGGUGAUUCUGUGCGAGUGGUAGCCGAGUCUGUUGGAAUUAAUGGCUUACCUGACACAGCUGCGACAUACCUUGCUGAGGAUUGUACUUACAGGCUUAAACAAAUUGUCCAGGAAGCUGUGAAGUUUAUGAACCAUAGUAAAAGGAGUAAGCUUACAUGUACAGACUUUGACAAUGCUCUUAGAGCAGAAAAUGUUGAGCCGUUGUAUGGGUUUCACACCCCUGACCUGAUACCAUUCCGGUAUGCCAGUGGCGGAGGCCGUGAACUUCAUUUCACAGAAGAUAAAGAAUUAGACCUACAGGACGUUAUAAAUGCGACAUUGCCAAAAGUUCCUCUAGAUAUUUCUAUGAAAGCACAUUGGUUAUGCAUUGAUGGAGAACAGCCGGCUAUCCCAGAAAACCCUCCACCGGCUACGAAAGAUCAACAAAAGAUGGAGAUAUUAGACACGUCGGUAAAAUCUGCCAUAGACAAGAGUCAUAAGCCGGCUAAAUCAUUGACAAAUGGUGGUAGACUACCACAUAAACCAAAGGGAGUGUCAGAUCUUGUGAAGAUGAAGGAAUUAAGUGUCCAUGAGUUGUCUGUUGAGCAACAGCUGUACUACAAGGAGAUAACAGAGGCUUGUGUUGGUUCAGAUGAAGGCAAGAGGUCUGAGGCCUUGCAGAGUCUCGCCACUGACCCAGGUCUUCAUCAAAUGUUGCCACAUUUUACAAGCUUUAUAUCUGAAGGGGUGAAGGUGAAUGUUGUACAGAAUAAUUUAGCAUUGUUGAUUUACCUGAUGAGGAUGAUGAAGGCAUUAAUGGAAAAUCAAACCAUCUACCUGGAAAAAUAUUUACACGAGUUUGUACCAGGUGUAAUGUCAUGUAUAGUAAGUAAACAACUGUGUAUGAGACCUGAUGUAGAUAAUCACUGGGCACUGAGAGAUUUUGCUGCCAGGCUGAAUGCACAGAUCUGUAGAAAUUUUCAUAACAACGUAAACAACAUCCAGGCAAGAAUAACAAAGACGUUCAGUAAAGCCGUCAGGUCUGAGAAAGCAGCUUUAGCUACAAUAUAUGGUGCUUUAUCAGGUCUGGGAGAAUUAGGUGCCGAGGUAAUAAAUGCGUUUGUGUUGCCGAACCUGAAGAUGAUUGGAGAACGAGUAAAAAUAGCUCUAGAAGGUCCCGUCAUGAAUAGUGCAGACAGGAUUGCUGCAGAUAAUAUCAAGAAAAUUGCUGCGAAAUACAUCCCUCCUGUAUUGAAGACACAUCGGCCAAGUACGGAUACAGUAGAAGAUUAUUUAAAUGAGUUUGGUUAUCUUGGACCGUUGUUACAUGCCGCGGUCGCUAAAGAGCGAUCAGCUUCUACAUCCAGCAUCAACAUACAACAAAAACCUACAAUACAUAUACCUCAGGCAGGAAAACCACAUAUUCUCAUAGGAACUCCGGGCACGGUGCCUGGCUCUGCUCCUCAGACUCCAACAUCAGCCAGGAUCCAGCAGACUAGCAUUACAAUUCCACGGACGCCGACAACACCUAAUAUAUCUGGGAACACUGCUCAAAAGUUUGUCAUCAUGCAGCAACAGAGGCCUGGCACACCUGUCCAGACUGGGGGAACUUCUCUUGUUAAAAUGUUACCAACUUCCGUUCAGCAAGGGGGAAUGACUCAAACUACCACUGGAGGACAGAAGGUUGUUGUUAUGUCCCUUCCCCAAUCUGUGUCUGUUUCUCAGCCUCUUCAACAAGUGCAGGGCACCAGUAGUGAUGUUGGGAUGAAAUCUGUGUUUACAACAGGGGACCAGGCACAAGCCCAAGUUUCACUAUUGAAAAGUGAUCCAAAUACUUGAAUAAGUACAAUCAUUUUACAUUAACAGGAUUAAGUAUGUGUUCAAAUUGACGAAAUGGCAGCAAAUAUUUCCAAAGGAAGUUU